AUGCUCGAUGUGAAUAUUGCGACCAAUCGGGCAAUACCCUACUCGACGCCUGUUGAACCUAUCACUAAUUACGAGGCAAAAGACUCAGAUCCCGAUGGUAUUGACCUGUCCUUUGUCUGGCUAAAGACUACUGUCAACGUUGCCGAGGAAGCCAGUCCGUCCGUAGAGACGCCAUUUGGGGUCUCAGGUGAUGCAUCGACCAGGGCUGCUGAUUCCCCCGACCUUGAGGGCGAUUCUAGGACAGCCGAAUUCCAACUGCACUACUGCAACAGCGAAGACCAAGGCCCAUCUCCAUGUUCAUCCAAAUCAACAGAGGACGGGCAGCUACGAUUAGCUGAGGAAGAAGACAUCGACCUUGGCACUUUCUGUGAAAGGUCGAGUCAACUAGCUACUAUAGAGUCAAGUCCCGUGGCAGCUUCAGACCUCCCCAACACUACUACAUCUAUACCACCGAGCGUACUAUAUAAUAAUAUUUGCCAGCGGUUUGGGCCUAUCCUUGAGAGAUACAACAUGGAAUUCUGCAAGAUCCCUUUAACGUCCGACCUACAGAUGAAUCCGUUUCGAUACCACAGAACCGUCGUCCCGGAACCUAUAUUUCUGGUGCAUGCCGUGAUGGCUUUAGCCGGGCAUCAUGUUGAGAGUCCAUCAGCCGAUAAUCAUCGCCAUACAGCACUAAAACGCCUCCGUGAGAGCCUCAACUCGUCCGGUAAUAUGGAAGAUGGCUCGUCCAUGCUUGAUGCAAUUAUGAUUUUGUUUUCCUUCGACGAAACUCAAUCCACCCUUGGAUACUGGAGUACACAUCUUAAGGGAGCAUAUGGACUCAUCGAAUCGUCCGGUGGAAUCAAAGCAUGGACGACGGCCGCUCGGGCAGAAGCUCAAAUAGGAUUGCUGUUGUGGUGGGAUGCCAUAACCAGUCUCUUGUCCCGGGAAGACUGCGUGUUCCCGUACGCAUACGUCGAAGCGGUCCUGUCGAACCCCGACGAUCGGAAGUGGAAUUUCUUUGACCUCUGUGGGUGCCCGCACAGUGUGGUCACGCUGGUCAUGCAAGUGGCACGUCUGAGCGCCGAAAAACGUCAAUCGUCGUCCAUGCGCCCUCGAGUCCUGGCAUCACAUUCCCCUGCCGCACUUGCCUUCGGUAGCGAAGAGGACAUCCAACAAGAUCAGGAUUGUAUGCACUGCUCGGAGGCAUGGAGAUACGGGCUGCUGCUCUACAUCUACCGCGUUUUCCGAUGGGAGCCGGGAAGCCCAAUUCCAAUGCACGUUGUCCGUUGGGCCCGGGUCAUCGUGGAUCAUGUGGUCGCGUGUCGCGACGAGAAGAUGGUCUCCCGGCAGGCGUUGCUGCCACUCUUCUUCGCGGGCUGCGAACAACGCGAUCGAUCGGUACGGCAGAAGAUCGUCCAGUUCUGCUCGGUGUGGAAUGACCGGACGCGGUAUCAGAUGUUUGGCUGCACCAUCCCGUUGCUUGAAGAAGUAUGGGCGGAGCAGGAGGCGAAGGGCUUUGAAAACGUAUGGUGGGGCCACGUCGUGGAUCGACAACACACCUCCGAGUCUUCUUAUCCGUUGCAAAUGCGGCUUUGCUUUGGAUGA